AUGACUUCCAACCCUGGCCAAAUUUCACCUCUGCGGGGCAUUACCCGGCAUAUCACAGGCCAUAAUGAUGCUGGGAGGGCCGUGAUCCAUUCCUCGACUCCGGGCGAGUGGGAUUCCCACGAGGAGGCUGGAAUGGCUUUCAGCGUCAUCUACACAACAUCCCAAUUCCCUGCGGAUCUGAACGAUGAUGCAGAUGUCAAAAAACACGAGGCAGUGAAAGCAUCGAACGAGCUGGGCCUCGUCAACCCCAAGGGAACUGUAUGUCGCAUCGUCGACUUCGCCCCGAACAAUCAGGCCGUUGUUCACCGAACACAAAGCCUGGACUACGGUGUUGUGCUGGAGGGGGAAAUCGAGAUGAUCCUGGAGGAUACCGAGCCAGUCAUCAUGAAGCGUGGGGACGUCGCAGUCCAGCGGGCCACGAUGCAUGGAUGGCGCAACCCAAGCGAGACAGAGUGGGCUCGUCUCCUGUUCGUGCUGCAAGACUGCCAGCAACUGACAGUCGGCGGGAAGAAAUUGGAAGAAGAUCUGGGAAUUGCGACCGGGAUUCUGAAGCCGAGCGGCAAUGGCCAGCAAUGA